AUGUCUGAAUUCAGAGACUGGUACAACAGUGUACCGUUCUUUACUAGGUACUGGUUGACGUUAACGAUAGCGUUCAGUUUAUUAGGCCGGUUCGGAAUACUGGACUAUUACCAUUUAACGUUAGAUUACAACUCCUUCGUACAUCAGUUCCAGAUAUGGAGACCUAUCACAGCACUAUUCUUUUACCCAAUCAGUCCAGGGACAGGCUUCCAUUUCCUCAUCAAUUGCUACUUCCUGUACAACUACUCACAGAGAUUAGAGACGGGCAUGUUUGCUGGCAAGCCCGCUGAUUACUUAUAUAUGCUGCUCUUCAAUUGGUUUUGCUGUGUAGUCAUAGGAUUACUUGUGGGUUUAAUGAUCCUUAUGGACCCAAUGGUACUCUCAGUGUUGUAUGUGUGGUGCCAACUGAAUAAGGAUGUUAUCGUGUCAUUCUGGUUUGGUACGCGGUUUAAGGCCAUGUAUUUACCUUGGGUGCUGCUUGCAUUUAACCUUAUUAUAAGUGGAGGUGGUGUGAUGGAGCUCCUUGGUAUCCUGAUUGGUCACUUGGCGUUCUUUCUUCUCUUCAAAUAUCCCCAAGAGUUCGGAGGGCCGGCUCUCCUAACGCCACCACAGUUCUUGAAACAGAUAUUCCCGGACACGCGGUACGUGGGUGGCUUCGGCACAGCACCGCAGGCUAGAGUGCCCACGCGGCCCGCCGGGACGGUCUUCGGUGGCCACAACUGGGGCCGGGGACAAACACUCGGAGGAAACUGA